GUGCAACAAAAGAGCACCCAUACAUAUCGUUUGAAAAAAGAGAUGUAGUCACAUUUUAUGACACUCCUCAUCUAUUAAAAUGUUUUAGAAAUUUGUUUUUAAAAUAUGAUCUGGAAUGUACCACAAAUAUUCAUUGCGGUGACAAAAUAGGCAGAGGAGUAGCUAAAUGGAGCCACAUUACUGAAUUUUAUGAAGUUGACAACAUAAAUCCAAAUUUUGUGUUUGCACCAUCUUUGAAAAAAGAUCAUCUGAAUCCCAACACUAAGCAAAAGAUGAAGGUGAAUCUUGCUGCUCAAGUGCUGAGUCACUCGGUUGCAGCUGGUAUGUUCGCCAAAAUUGCUGAUGGAACAUUAACUACAGAAGCUGCAGUUACGGCUAAUGUUGUUGCAGACAUGGACAAAUUAUUUGAUUCGCUAAACAGUGAUUCUGCUGACUUAAGAAGAGGGAAGCCACAUGCUACCAAUUUAACAGCAACAAGUCUACACAUAACAUUUUUUUCAAAAAUGAAAGAAUUUUUCAACACUCUGAAGUUCAUUGGGAUCCAUAGAAAGCCUCCAUCCCAAGAAGGGUGGGUUUGGAACUUAAAUGCAAUGGAGAGAUUGUGGCGAAACCUCCAACAAAAAUGGAGCAUCCGUAGUUUAGCCACUAGAAGGAUUCAACAAGAUCCCCUUGAGAACCUUUUUGGUGUUAUUCGUGGAAAUUGUGGAUCUAACACUAAUCCCACAAGUGGACAGUUUGUGGCUGGCUUAAAAACUGCCAUUUUGAGCAACCUAUUCCACAUAGGCACAACUGGUAACUGUGAACUGGACAAUAAUGUCAUUAUUGAUAAUUUUCAAACAUUAUUGUCCCAGCAGAAAACACAGCCCACAGAAAGUGAAACCAAGUCUGAUUCGGCAGUAUUUUCAUUAAGUUCUUCUUCAGAUCUUUUACCAUUUGAAAUCGAAGAAGCACUCAAUGAAAAUACUGCUGAAAUACAAGCUUGUGCUUACGUCUGUGGGUUUUUGUUAAAACAGUUGCCAAUUAAUGAUUGCGAAACAUGUUCAGAGACAUUUGUUGCUCAAACAGUGCAAAGAAGUCACAUAUUCAUUGAUUUUAAGGAAUAUAAUGAUUUUAAAAAAAGCCUUAAUUAUGCUACUAAUGAAUUAAUAGCUUGUGUGGAAUUUUGUGCCACAGUAGUGAACAACUUUUUAAAGGAAAAGGCUCAUAUAACAUUUUUAAAACAAACUGUAAUUGAAAAUGUAAAAAACUCCGCUAAUUUUGAUUUUAUAACAUGUGCAAAUCACAAAGAAGAAAAUGUAAAUAUAAUUGUUAAAUCAGUAUUUGUGAUUUGCACAAAAAGAUUUUGUACAAUCAAAAAUAGAGCCUUUGCUGAAGAAGCUUCUGCGACAAAGUUGCAAAAAAAAAUGGAUGUAAUAUUACACAAGUAGUUUAAGUUUGUUGGUAUU